AUGGAAAAAAAUCUUUUGUCAUCAUUAACAUCAUCAACAAAGACAAAACGUUCUUUUUAUCGAAAAAAACUUCCAUAUCAAGAGAGUAUCAUUGAUCAAUCAACGUCAUCGAUUCCAAAAGCAACAACAUUAAUGCCACCUUGUUCAACAACUUACAUUAUUCGAAGAAUGUCUCCAAAAAUUUCUUCUGAUGAUUCUGAAGAAAUUCAGAUAGAACAGGAAAUGGACUUAAAAUCAGUUGGUAAACUGGGUAGGGUUAAACGAAAACAAUUUCUUCAAAAAAGAGAUAUUAGUCGAUCACAUGAGAAAUAUACAACAAGUUUCGCUUUGUAUAAAUAUUCAAUUAUAAGAUUAAUAUUUAGAUUUGUUUAA